AUGUUUAAGGUUCAAGAGAUGUCCGAUGCGAUAGCCGAGAUGACAGCAUACAAUGUGGAGACGAAGGGGAAGUCUGGCGUGACGGCUCGGAGACGGGCUGAGUUCAGUCGAAUAAUCCUCAAGCAUGCCUGCAAAUCACUGGGUCAUAUACAGCAGCGCUCUGGAGAGACAUUAGAACGGCUUGGCAAGCUGGGCUUCGACGUGCCGUUGGUGGACAUGCAGAAUCUUAGUGGUCUUUGGCCUGAGUCUGGGAAGGCGGAACGCCGUGUCGAUGCUUUGACAAAGUUGAUGUGCGUUUUGGCGACCAACUGA